AUGUCGUUAUUACACAGAAAUCUGUACAGAGAGGCAGUCAUGAGGUUCCUGGUCCCGAAAAGACCUGAUGAUUCUGACUACUACGAUUUAAAUAUUCUUCCCGCUCUAUGUUUACUGUACAUGUCGUGUCGAAAUAAUGCAAUAGCACCUGAUGUUCUAAUUGCCACGGAUGUAUACCCACAGAAAUUGUUGAAGACGCGUCGAGUGAUGGACGACUCACCGCCUUCAUUCGACGAGCGACAUUCACUUGACACCGAGUCGAUAGCAUCGAUACCGUCACAAGCAAAACCCAUAUUUCCGGACGUUGUUGAUCCGCAGCUUCCUAGUUCAAGCUACAAAUCCGCACGCGGGUUUUUUGUUGGUGAAGAUGGCGAAUCGCAGUAUGGAUCUCUUCCCGUACCCACCAUAAAGAUAUCGGAUGAUAAUGGUAAUUACGGAUCUCAGCAUACACGAAACUACCGAGGAGAGUUGAUUAAAACGAUUUUAACGUUAUUGUGCGAAUAUUAUCAUCUCUGCCGACCGAUGACACUUCAGAUGGCCACCGAGGUUUUAUUGGAAUUACUCUAUUACAAUGGGACCGGAGAGUGUUUGACGAGAGAUCAAAUUGAGAUGAUGAGUAAAGCCGAACAAGAAUUGCAAAGCCGGAUAAGAAAACAUCUGUCAGAUGGUCAGGAAUUUCCGCUGGAAGAAAGUGAGAAGGCAGUGUCCGAUGCGAUGUUUGGCGGUGACAAAUAUGUUGCAGAAAUUAUAAUGAGCGCCAAGUUACUGUUUCCACCACCGGUUGUGAUGGAUCCAGAAAAGAGGAGCGACGCCAACAUUGAACCCGACAUGGUUAAAUGCAUAAAGACGUUGCAUCUCCUUCGUAAAACCAGAAUGUUACUCUCUAGACAAGUGCCAACGGAAUCAUCCGAUCUCAACGGCGACCGUCAGAAGGAAAACUUUGGUGCAAACGUAGAACGAGAAUUAGUGUAUCAGAAAUGUGUCGACAAUGAGAAGAAAUCGAGUGUUAAACAAAAAUCUCUAUUGGACGGGGAACAAUUUAGACAACAACAGCAGAUACAAAACAUCAGAAACAAAUUGAACGAGAAUGCACAGGCAGCCACGAGAAACACCGAAGAUUUGGAUAAGAGAAAGAAGAUGGUGUUUGAUACACUUGGGAUCGAAUUGUAA